AUGACCGGGCUCUGCUUAUCCGGGCCCCAAGCCCUGGCAGGUCCGAUUCCAGUCUCUCCCAGGCACCUGGAUGCUGGAAAGGGGUCAGGCAGUCCAGUGGGUCCAAGUGUGUUCCUCUGGGGCCCUAGCCUGGCCCACCUCCUGGACAGUGCCCUAGGGCUGGUGGCCGUGGGGCUGGCAAUUCGAGCAGUCCUUUUCACAGCUGUACCAGCGCUGCUGCUGCUGCUGCUACUGGUCAAUUUCCUUGCCUUUGAUCUGCUCCACGGGCCCACAGCUCCCACCCUGCUGCAGCACAGGCCUCUGGCAGGGGGCCCGAGUCAGGGAGCCGGUGAAGGUCCAGGACAGCAGGGGGCUCUGCUUCUGACACCGGUCGCAGUCAUAAGACAAGUCAGUCUCCAAGAUGCGCUUCUACUGCUGCUUUUGGGCCUGGGUCUGCUCCUGGGGGCCCAGGGCAUGCCCCUGGCCCUGCUUGGCCUGGCUUUCUGCCUCCACCCUUGGGUCUGA